GUGUUGCUACGGAAGUGAUGGCUAACACGUGGAAGUAGCUGCAGCUUGUGUUUUGCUUACAUUUCAGGGUUGAACAGUGCCUUUUUUUCGUCGUGCCUUGCUUGUUACACAUAUAUUUAAGUUCUUGAUAACCUGUUUUUUUAUUUUUAACUUUGAAACGCUGCCUUAUUAUGGCGGACAACGGGGACGAUGACUCUCAGUACAGAAUGAAAGAAGGGGACUACGUAGUGCUGAAGAGAGGAGAUAUCUUCAAAGCUGCACAAAUCGUAGCAAAAAAGAAGGUGAUCUUUGAGAAGCAGUGGUUCUUUCUUGACAACGCAGUGGGACAUUUGUACAACUCCACGUUUGAGAUCCACAGUGGACAACUCCAGCUGAAGAAGACCAGCGAUACAGGGGGUUCAGCCGAUUCAAAGGAGGCUGCAGGUGUUGAUAACAGGAAUAUUGUAGAUGAUGGAAAGUCACAGAAGCUCACCAGGGACGAUAUAGAGAUGCUCAAGGAGAAAGGACUAAAGGGACAGGAGAUCAUCCAGCAACUGAUAGAUAACAGCUCCACAUUCAAGGACAAGACCGAAUAUGCACAGGACAAAUACAUCAAGAAGAAAAAGAAGAAAUAUGAAAACAGCGUGACUCUUUUAAAACCUUCCUGCCGCAUCUUGGCGAUGAUGUACCACGGCAGAGAACCAGGAAAGAUCUGUCACCUUCGAUACGACACACUGGCCCAGAUGUUGACACUGGCGAACAUUCACGCCGGAAGCAAAGUUGUGGUGUUUGAAACUUGUGCCGGUUUAGUCCUGGGAGCCGUUAUGGAGAGGAUGGGAGGCUUCGGCUCAGUGGUCCAGAUGUACCCAGGAGGGGGGCCCGUCCGAGCGGGUGUCGACAGUUUUGGCUUCCCUGCCCAUUUCCACCACACGCUGCACGAGUUCCCGCUCUGCCGCGUCAACGCUCUGCUGAACGGGACUCUGGAGGCUGCGGGCAAAGACCCCGGCGCUGAUGAACAGGCUGCUAAUGCGGAGGAAGAGCAGAGAAAGCCUGCAGCAGAACAGCAGGGCAGUCCAGAGGAGCUCAGUGUGGAGACCAGAGCUGCUGACACUGAGAGCCUGGAGCCGGAGGAGCCAGAGGAGCCAGAGGAGAGGGAGAAGGAGAGACGCAAAGAGGCUAAAGAGCAAGAGAAGAAGCAGCGAUUAGAUGAGAAGCGUAAGAAGCUGUCUGCGGCGGCAGCGGUGCUGGAGGGGAGGAACGCCGACGGGUUGGUCAUCGCCAGUCGAUUUCACCCGUGUCCCGUUCUAAUGGGCCUGCUCCCCCUCCUCGCCCCCUCCAGGCCUUUUGUGGUAUAUUCCCAGUACAAAGAGCCGCUGGUCGAGUGCUACUCUAAACUCAAGGAACAAGGAGGAACCGUCAACCUCCAGCUCACAAACACCUGGCUCAGGCAUUAUCAGGUGCUGCCCAAUCGGACCCAUCCCGUGCUCCUGAUGAGCGGCGGCGGCGGCUACCUUCUCUCAGGGACGACAGUUGCCUCUGGCCCGUCCAAACCGGGCCAAUCUAAACCGGUCCAGACUAACCCGGCCCAGUUCAAACCAGCUGAAUCGCAAAGCAAAGAAGAGCCCGCAGCAAAGAGACUGAAGACGAUGGACACUGACGGAUGAGUGUGAGAUUGUUCUAAGGGCUGCGCUCGGCUGCUCCCGGGACGCUGAGCCGACGUGACACAAAUAAAUGAGAGGAAAGACUCUGUGUGACUCUAGUACAGUGGUUUUCUAACUGUAGGACGUGUUUUUUUGUCUGUUUUGGUCGGGUAAGUUCAUUUUUACGGUGCGUUCAGACUAGUCCUGGUCUGGUUCUAGUUGGAGCCCAGUUAUGUGUUGAUGUAGACUUGGCUUGGUCCUGUUCGAGUCCUGGAUUAGUCCCAGUGUAGUCCAGUUUUUGCUCCGUGUUUAGUUCCAGUGUUGAUGAAUAUUCUUUUUUUUCCAGUUCUUUUCCUAAGGACUAUUUAAGGCCUAGUUUAGACCUUAGUUGGACCAGCUUUAAUUAUGGUUUAGACCUGGUUUGUUCUGUUUGGUUUAUCUUAUUCUUGCUUUAGUCCUACUUUAGUCCUCCUUUUAGGUCUGUGUUAGUCCUGCGUUAGUUCUUAUCUAGUCCUGAUUUAGACCUGGCUUAGUCCUGGCUUAGACCAUCUUUAGACCACCUUUAGUCCUGCUUUAGACCUGUUUUAGACCUAUUUGGUUCAGCUUUAAUGCUAUUGUAGUUCGGCUUAUUCCUACUUUAGUCCUGCUUUAGUUCUUAUCUAGUCCUGAUUUAGACCUGGGUUAGUCCCAGUCUCAUCUAGGUUUUAUUCCAGGUUUAGUUCCAAUUUUGAUUAACACAUUCUUUCUGUAUUUUUCAAAACUUUAGACCUUGGUUGGACCAUCUUUAAUCUUGGUUGAGACUUGAUUUGGUCCUGGUUUAGUCCUGGUUUAGAUCUGGUUUAGUCUUUGUUUAGUCCUGGCUUAGUCCUGGCUUAGACCAUCUUUAGACCACCUUAAGUCCUGCUUUAGACCAGCUUUAGUCCUGCUUUAGACCAGCUUUAGUCCUGCUUUAGACCAGCUUUAGUCCUGCUUUAGACCAGCUUUAGUCCUGCUUUAGACCAGCUUUAGUCCUGCUUUAGACCAGCUUUAGUCCUGCUUUAGACCAGCUUUAGUCCUGCUUUAGACCAGCUUUAGUCCUGCUUUAGACCAGCUUUAGUCCUGCUUUAGACCAGCUUUAGUCCUGCUUUAGACCAGCUUUAGUCCUGCUUUAGACCAGCUUUAGUCCUGCUUUAGACCCCCUUUAGUUCUGCUUUAGACCACCUUUAGACCACCUUUAGUCCUGCUUUAGACCUGCUGUAGACCUGCUGUAGACCUGUUUUAGACCUUUUUGGUUCAGCUUUAAUGCUAUUGUAGCUCGGCUUAUUCCUACUUUAGUCCUGCUUUAGCUCUUUUUUAGUUGUGUUUAAGGACUGACGUAGACCUGGUUUAGUCCUGCUUUAGACCUUAUUCAGUCCUAGUUUAGUCCUGUUUUGUACUUGGACUAAACCAGAUGUAAACAAGGUCUAGUCCAGGUUUUAUUCCAAUUUUGAUGAACAUUCUUUGUGUAUUUUUCAGUCAUCUUCCUAAGAGCUAUUUAACACCUAGUAUAGACCUUGGUUGGACCAGCUUUAAUCCUGGUUUAGACCUGGUUUAGACCUGGAUAAGUCCUGGUUUAGUCCCAUUUUAUCCAGUCCUGGUAGUACUUAAUCCAAACAGUUUGAGAAUCACUGUACUUCAUGACAUUCAAACUCUGCCUCCAUUUGUAAAACGCUAAAACUCUGAUCUUUUAUUUUGAAAAACGUCUUCGCUUUCAGAAAUUCAUUUGCUAUAACAAUUUUUACACUGGCCAUUUUUUUAAUUUGAAAAUCUUUUAGUUUAUUUAUUCUUCCUGUGCCAUAAUCUGUUACAUAGAUUUGCCAGUCCAACCUGUGAAUUCUAUUUGCAAAUGCACAGAAAUAAAACUAAAAUACUUCAAC